GCCCUGGCAGCUUGCGCUGUCCACGUCCCACUUGCGCGUUCCAUCUGCUUUUUCCUCGCGAGGCAAGUUGGGGGCACCAAAGUUGUCAAUUGAGCAGCUGGAGCUGUGAGAGCUGGGAGUCGGGCGCCAUGGCAGCCUGUCAAGCACCUUCUCUGUCCACUUCCUUUUCUUCUCUUUCCACAGCGGUCGCUGAGAAUUCACUGACAGGCAGAGCGACUGCACAUCGCGAGCUUUGGGCGCUGCCGCUCUUCACCAGCGGCCAGCACUCCCCUUUCUUUCCAUACGGUUCCACAAAGCUAGCAAGUAUCCAAAGAUGUUCUGCAAGAGGUGCUACUCGCAGGACAAUAUCUAUUUCCUGCCGUAGUGGAGGCCAGGUCAAGGAGUCAGACAACUUUGAUGAAAAAGCCGGGCCCCUGCCGGAAGUGAGAGAUGCACAGGUUCAGAAAAGGUCCAAGUCUGCGGUGCACGCAGCGCCAGCAGUGGCUGUGCUUGUUGCGGCAGCAAUGCUGUUGGGGAACCCGAGCGAGGGGCUGGCGGCCAGCAGCGCGGGGAGAGUGGGGGGCAGUAAGUUCAAGAGCUCCGCUCCAUCAAGGUCAUACUCACCACCAAGGAACAGUGGCGGGGGUGGUUCCAGGUCUUACAAUAACUAUAACUUGAAUAUCAACCCACCAACUUAUGCGCCACCAAUCUACGGAGGCGGUUACGGAGGUUACUCUUAUGGGGUCCCCUUCUUUGGCGGCGGAGUCCCCUUCUUUGGUCCAUCUGUCUAUGUAGGUGGAGGCGGCCUAUUGCAAUUCCUACUGGUUCCCGUCAUCCUGUACGUAGUGUUGAAUGUAGUUGGGAGCUUUUUCAGGAAUAGAGAUUAGUCAGCUUGCUCAACCCCAGCAUACACCCUGUGACUGCACAGCAGCGUGAGUGUUGCUUGUAGGCGCCCCAGAAACGUGUAUAGUAAUUUUGAAGCUUGUCCAGCCAGCUGGCUAGGGAUAGCACGGGCUGGCUCAUCGUAGUGCUCGCAACUGUACCAUCGGUUUCGAACUGACUUUGUUGUAACAAAGAACUUCAUGAGUUCGGCUUGGUCUGUAACCUCUGCGGUCUUCAAAUGAACCUUGUACGCUGUUAUUCUGCAAUGGAUGAUCGUGA